CUGUAGAUUCUCGCGAGACUUCGUAUCAAACAAGGAACCAAUAUUGAGCACUAUUUUCGAAAUAAACAUUUAAAGGUUUUGACUAUUUAAAAAGUAUGAGAAAAGUUACAACAAAUACAAGUAGGCUGGAUUAAAUAACAGUCGAAAUCACAAAGGGAAUUGAUGGACAUACAAGCCAUUUGAAAAAUUCAUCGUCAGAAACAGUUAUCGAUACAGAAAACAGUUAUCCACUAUGGAGAGUGACAAGCUAGUAGAUCAUGGUAGAAUUAUCGUAGCAGCCAUUGAUUUUGGGACAACGUACUCCGGUUAUGCUUACUGUAAGCAUAUUGAUUAUAGAAGGGAGCCUGUUAACCCUCCAAUAAUUUGCAAUCCUUGGAUUGGACCACAAAAGAUGACUUCUAAAGCACCGACAUGUGUACUUUUUAAACCAGACCAGAAGUUGCAUAGCUUUGGUCACGAGGCUAUAAGAAAUUACUAUGAUAAUCCUGAAAAAUUACAAUUACACAAAUACUUCUACUUCGAGUAUUUUAAGAUGAUGCUGUAUGAACAAGAGGAUCUUACCACAGAAACGUAUUUAGAGGAAUCGAUAAAAGUAAAAAAUGUUGAAAAAAGAAAAAAAAUGAAAGCAGUUGAUGUUUUUGCAGCCGUAAUCGGCUACUUUCGAGAUCAGUUAUUAGGUGAUAUUAAGGAUACAAGUGAAAAAUGGUUUACUGGAAAACACGUCCAGUGGGUUAUCACUGUUCCUGCAAUAUGGGAUUUGAGAGCAAAGCAGUUUAUGAGAGAUGCUGCUAAAAAGGCAGAAAUAUCUCACGACCAGCUCAUAUUAGCACUGGAACCAGAAGCAGCUUCUAUUCACUGUCGAAGGGUACCAGUUGGUGUUCAAACAGAAGGUGAUGGAAGGAAAAUUAUUGCAGCUAUGGCUCGAGGUUCAAAGUUCAUAGUGCUUGACCAAGGAGGUGGAACAACUGAUAUUGCUGUACAUGAAGUUACAGGGUUGAACUCGCUCAAAGAAGUUCACCAGGCUUGUGGGGGACAUUGGGGAGGAAUCACAGUUAAUAAACAGUUUUAUUGCUUUCUGGAAGAGAUAUUUGGUGAGAAAGUUAUUAAUAGCAUCAAAGAAACAAAUCCGUCUGCAUUCUAUGGAUUUCUACGUCACUUUGAAGACGCAAAGACAUCAUUCAAAAUAGAAAAUCAAAAGGAUCCGGAAGGACAAGUAACACUUCGUAUUCCACUUGAGUGGAUGGAUACAUUCAAGGCCAUUAGAACAAGCUCGUUAGGUGAAACUAUAGAAAAGACGAAUUUCAGAGAUCGAGUUAUCGUGAAAAGGGAUAAAAUGAGAAUAAAGAACAAUUUGUUUAGAACAUUCUACGAUUAUUCUAUUGAAAACGUUUUAAAAGAACUGGAGACAUUAUUGGCGAAAAAAGAAUUAAGGGACGUUAAAACGUUGUUGGUUGUGGGUGGGCAUUCAGCUUCUACAGUGCUAACUGAGGCUCUCAAAAAGAAAUUUCCGAAGAUUGGAAUGGUCAUUCCAAAAGACCCAGGAUUAGCGGUAUUAAAAGGUGCUGUAUUGUUCGGGUUUGAACCUGGAACGAUAACGAGUCGUGUCGCAAGAUAUACAUAUGGUAUAGGAACAACACGAGCAUUUCAGAAAGGAGAUCCAGAAUCAAAGAAAAUUACUGUAGAAGGUGUUGAAAAGUGCAAAGAUGUAUUUAGUAAACAUAUAGAAAUAGGCCAGAUUCUCGAAGUCGGAGAGGAUAAAUAUCUCCAAGGACAUGAAUAUGUACCCCUUUAUAAAGAUCAGAAUAGCGUAGAUUUUAUUUUUUAUGAUACUUUGAGUAAAUCACCAAAGUAUGUCACAGAUGACGGCUGUCGCCGUAUUGGAUCAUUGCAUUUUAAACUUACCGAGGGGAUGACAGGAAAGCGAACAAUGGCUUUGAAAAUCAAUAACAGUGGAACAGAACUUGUAUCUCUUGUUACUGAAAUAGCCACAAAAAAACAAAGUAAAGGUUACUUCCGGUUACCUUCCGAAACAAAUUAGAUUAAAGUCAUUAAAGUAAUCAAAUAUAGUGCAGAACAGACCUCGAGCCUACAACCUUGGAAAUAUUGAGCUUACAAUUUAUGAUGCCAACUACAGUUUAAUAGUAACUAUAAACAAUAAACAUGUAUGUAUUUAUGAUGUUGGUAAACGACCAGAAUUAUUAACAUAUAGACAGCAAUUUCAGUGACAAUCCUGCAUCUCUAAAUCAUUUAGUUUUCUCUGUGAAUAUACCCAGAUUGAAAACAGUCAAGUACAAAAUGGAACUUAUUUCCCUUUCAUUUGAGAUUACAUAUUUUGCCUACCCGUGAUAGACUUUUGUGUCUACUUUGUUCUAUUUUUAAUUGAUUAUGUUUUUGUUAAGUCUGCAAACCAAUUCCCAACAACGUUUUUAUCAGAAUAAAGAAUUUUAUUAUUCUAAA